UUCCGUAUUCUGGAGUAGCCUGUCUGAAUCCUUGUAGCCGCGGGUGACUGGGCCAGACGCGGACAGUGGACACGAUCUUCGUAGUUCAUUUAUUGCGAUAGAUGGCUCAUGGCAUUCACGUCGUGCGCCGUUGCUGAACGGACGUCUCGCGUUCGCCACGAACUUUGGUCGGGUCUGUUUUUUGUUCCGAACGUUUUAUUUAGUUUCCGGCCUGGAAAAAGCUUCGUUUUUUCAGUACGUUCAAAUAAUUGAAUUCGUGAAAUAGUUUCGUUGGUGACGUAAAGCCUGUCCUGUGGUGCAGUGAUAACGGGGAGUGAUGUGAUUUGUGUUGUGUUUACGUUGCGAUGUGCGUUAUAGUGUAGGAGGCUCUAUAUCAUGGGGUAUGCGUCGAACGGUGCGGGGCGCGCGGCCCACGAGGCGUUACUGGCACGACAGGAUGCGGAACUGCGUCUCAUGGAGACUAUGAAGCGAAGCCUCCAGGCAAAAAUGAAAAGCGAUAGAGAAUAUGCGCUGGCGCUGUCCGCUGCAGCGGUGCAAGGACAAAAGAUGGACAAAUGCGAGGAAUUGCACGGAUCAGUGAUAGCCUCAGCAUGGAGGACGAUGACCGAAGAAUGGGAGAACACAAGCCGUCUGAUCAAGGCAAACGCUGAAGCCUUAGACUCAAGGGCACUCGACCGUCUGAUCACACUUAUGACUGAACGACGGAAGUCACGCAAGGUCUAUCAGGAAGAUCACACAAAGAUAUCUUCGCAGUUCACACAGCUCUCAGAAGAGGUGCAAAGAAAGCAGAGCGAGUAUCAGAAGUGUCUCGAGUCAUACAAGCAGAUGAGGGCGAAAUUCGAAGAGAACUAUCUCAAAUGUCCAACGAGUAGAGGCGGUCGCAAGCUGGACGAAACCCGCGACAAAUAUGGCAAAGCAUGUCGUCGGUUGCACAGAGCACACAACGAGUAUGUGCUGUUGUUGGCUGAAGCGACGGAAUGCGAGCGGGCAUUGCGCACCGCUUCACUACCAGCUCUGUUGGACCAGCAAAGGAGACAGGGUGAAGCCACUGCAUCUUCAUGGAAAGGAAUAUUGGUAGAAGUGGUCCAGAGGUCAGACUUCAGCACGGACAAGUUCAGGGAGAUUCAAACGAAAGUGGAGUCAACUGUACAAAAUCUGAGGCCACAGGACGAAUACAAAGAGUUUAUGGAGAAGUACAAAUCACCACCUUCCACCCCAAUUACCUUCAACUUCGACGAGAGUCUAGUUGAAGAUACCAGCGGCAAACUUCAACCGAAUCAGCUCACAGUGGAUAAUUUAACAGUCGAGUGGUUAAAGGAAAAGUUAACAGAACUGGAGACCAGUCUACUGGACAAUAGGGAGAAACAGACGGCGUUACAGGGACCCGAGAUUAUUGGGAAUGGCGUCUGUAAGAAUAAUAAUACAGGGAUGACAAAUGGUGUUAACGGCAUAGACAGACAUUCACCGCCACCACUACCUGUAACAACACCGGAGCCUAUGAAAUUGCUGGAGUUGCGAGUUUCUGAACGCAAAUGUGCUAAACAGGCCGAGAUGAUUCGAGCAGCUCUAGCUGAAUUAGGCUGCGAAGAAGCACCUAGCGGCUGUCCCGACCUUUCCGCUGAGGUGGUUGGCGUUGACAGUCUAGAUGGCAGCUCACCCGAUCAUCAGGACGGUGCGUCACUUGGGUCGAAAGCGUCAAUGGACACAUUGCGGUUGCACCUGCACUCUAUAAUACCACCGAAGCCGUUCUUCAGACUUUUCACACGUCCCUUCCGACGUAAAUCAGUCCCAUCAAGUCCAGCUUUACCACCAAAAACGUACAGAAGCAGCAGCGAAGGUCCCGCAGACUCGGUCAGUGUGAGUGAGACAGAGCGGUCAUUAGUGGACCAGGAAUGGUUUCAUGGGGUAUUACCUAGAGAAGAGGUGGUUCGUCUGCUGAGAGCGGAUGGAGAUUAUUUGGUUCGAGAAACAACGAGGAAUCAUGCGAGGCAACUAGUGCUGUCCGUAUGUUGGGGACAACACAAACACUUUAUUGUACAGACCACGCCAGAGGGUCACUACAGAUUUGAAGGUGCAGCUUUUCCUUCAGUAGCAGAACUGAUAGCGUGGCAGCGGGCGAGCGGCGUACCCGUCACUGCGCGUUCAGGAGCUUUACUGAGAAGAGCUGUGCCGCGAGAGACGUGGGAGCUGAACAACGACCAUGUGCAGUUAUUAGAUAAGAUAGGACGGGGUAAUUUCGGUGAUGUUUACAAAGCACGGCUCAAAACUACAGGCCAAGAAGUUGCAGUAAAGACCUGCCGCGUCGCACUGCCCGAAGAGCAAAAACGCACGUUCUUACAAGAAGGCCGUAUCCUUAAGCAGUACCAACACCCCAAUAUCGUGCGCCUUAUUGGGAUUGCUGUGCAGAAGCAACCCAUCAUGAUCGUCAUGGAACUAGUCUCUGGUGGUUCCCUUCUCACAUUUUUGCGAACAAGAGCGUCGAACCUCAGCUCCCGAUCUCUUCUGGCGAUGUGUCGGGACGCUGCAGGCGGGAUGCGUUACCUCGAGUCCAAGAAUUGCAUCCAUCGGGAUCUGGCCGCGAGGAACUGUCUAGUUGGAGACGAUAAUAUUGUGAAGAUAUCUGACUUUGGCAUGUCGAGAGAGGAGGAGGAGUAUAUCGUGUCUGGCGGAAUGAAGCAAAUACCGAUCAAAUGGACCGCCCCGGAGGCGCUUAACUUUGGCAAAUACACCUCCCUCUGUGACGUGUGGAGCUACGGCGUGCUGAUGUGGGAGAUAUUUUCCAAGGGCGACACGCCAUACGCCGGCAUGAGCAACUCGCGUGCCAGGGAGAAAAUUGACAAUGGUUUCCGUAUGCCCGCGCCGGAAGGUUGUUCCGAGGAUGUGUACGCAUUAAUGCUGCGCUGCUGGGAGUACGAACCUGACAAACGCCCACAUUUCCACCAGAUAUACACCCUCAUUGACAGUAUCUACAAUAGGUAACCUAACAACUACAAAAGGUAACAUUACAUCUACAACGGGUAAUGUUACAUCUACGGCGGGUAACGUUACAUUUACGGCGGGUAACGUUGCAUUGGUUGUACAACCAGGCAAAAUCGUGCAAUCAUUUAUAUAUGUAUUUUCAAAUAUAGACGAAAUAAGUAUAGAAGGUUUUAUGCACUGUAAAGAAUUCAUAAGUGGCAAUUCUUACACAC